UAAUAAUAAUGUAAAAUAAUUAUUAUUAAUAACAAAAAAAAAAUUAACCUCACUUUUAUGAACCUAACCUCACUUUAAUCGGCGUCAAUACACCGGAUUACAACCGGCUUUAAACGUUUUUCUCUUAACCAAAGUUAAUCAUGAAAUCAAUCCUAAUUUUUCAUCCAAACACUUUCAAAGCAAACCAAAUCGGCCUUUUAGAAGGUGUUACCAUUAAUUCGGGUGAUAGUUUAAUAUUUUUCAUCACAAAUCCGGAUGUUGUUAUUUCUGGAAAUCAAACUAUCGGGUAUUGCAGUUAUAACACUCCAAAUGAAUCGAAAAUGGAUAAAUCGGAAUUGCUGCACUUAAAUAUUUCCACCAAAGAAUACAGUAUUUUUAACGUUAAUUUCGAGGAGUACGACGAAAAUUAUUUAUGUAUUAAUUACGAUUUAAACAAAUUGAGUCAAUGUGAUGGAGCUACAUUUAAAUCAUUAAAGUAUGGAGAAUUAAUUAAUAAUUUACAUGAGAUUGUUUAUGAUAAAAAAAGUGAUUAUAAAAGGGGUAAGAAAGGAUUUUUGGAGGUAUUUUUUGGUUCUUUUAUUAUGUUUUUGUGUUAUUUAUUAAAGUUUCUAGCAAAAAUUGAAGAUUUAACUAAAUAUUGCACAACAAUAACUCAUCUAAAGGAAAGUUUGAGUACAUUAAAAGAUGUUUUGGAGGAGAUUUUUGUAAAAAAACGUGAAAUCUCACUAAAAAUAAUCAACACUUUAUUAUCAAAGUUAAUCGAUUUCAUUUGUGGUUAUGUUUUGUUGUAUAUCUUUUUUAAGUAUGAACAUUUAAUAUUUCAAAAUUUAAACACAACAAUUGAGUUAAUUAUUGAAAAUUUAAAAACGCUUUUAUUGUUUCUUCGAGGAUCUCCAAUAGGAUUAAAACUCAAUCAUAAUUUCAAUACGACGCUAAACUCGUUUUUCUUUUAUCACAUAUUUUUAUGGAAAACUUUUGUGGAGUUUAUUAAACCCCAUUUGUACUCCAUUUUUUAUGUGUUGUUGAUACCAGCUGGUUUUGGAGUUAGUUAUCAAGCAGCUGUCAUUGAUGAUUUAAUUAAAUUUUGUACUAUUCAUGUUUAUUGCAUUUAUAAUUAUGCAGCAAGAUUAUAUGGAGUACAAAUUUAUGCGUUAAUAUCAUUAUGGCGCCUCUUCAUUGGAAGGAAAUUUAAUCCUUUAAGGAACCGCGUCGAUUCUUACCAAUACAAUCAUAACCAAUUAUUUAUAGGAACUUUAACGUUCACCAUAUUAUUGUUUUUGUUACCCACUACUUUGUUAUAUUACGUCGUAUUUACAACGUUUCGAUUGUUCCUGAAAGUUUUGAAUUAUUUAUUGAGUUCGAUUAGAAUUUUAUUACAACACCUCCCGAUUUAUUCUUUGAUUUUGUGGGGUAUUCGAUCGCCGAAGAUUGCAGGUUUAAUCAUACUAAAAUCGUCUAAAAAUAAUUCUAACCUCAAUUUGGAAUUAAAAUCGUUACCUUUAAUAAAUUGUUUAACCAAUACGAUUCCCACAACGAAAUUCGUCGCACCAAAAAUUAAUUUUAAGGAUGGAUUGAAUAAGAUUGUUGGUGGAAAAUUGUUGUGAAUAAAACUUCUUGGUCUAUUUUUUUUCUUGAA